AUUACUCUAGCGUAACUAUGUAGGGUAUAUUGAAAAGAGAAGGAAAAAGAUAAUUGGAAACAGCGCGCGAUCGACGGCAGAACGUAGCUCCACACGUUUACUUUCAUCAGUUGACCCGCGACUCCCAAGGUAAAAGGAAGCUCAGCAUUGGUCUCCGAAGGCAAUACAGUUCGUCACUGAACUACAAGACCGUUGAAGCGUUUGUGACUGCUGUGAGAAUCCCAACGAUGCCCAGGUUAUCGCUGUGGCCCAACAAGUGCCGGGCAUGCAGGGGCCAGCCCACGCCCCCUCCGUGCUACCAGUGCACCUUCAACCUUCAGAUUCCGCCCCCGAAGUACAAGUCGCUCCCCAGCCACGUCCGGGACACCGCGCAUUGGGACCGAAGUCCUUCCCGCGAGGAAACAGCGCCGUCGUUCUACCUCGACGAUCCUGACGUCCUGGAGGAGGAGCAGGAGCUGGAGCAGCAGAUCGUCACCCAGCGAAGCUUCUACGAGGAGGAGCCCCGCGGCUUGAGCACUCUCGCCGCGACGACGCAGAGCGAUCUCUCCAUCCACAUGUUGGCGCAGUCCCUCAGGCAUAUUGCCCUCGCCUUCGUGCCCACCGAUGCCACGGCGACCCAGGAGAAGGCCCCGACGCCGCCUCAGCGAUCAAGGCACCGGAGUUCGCCAGCCAUUCCCACCACGAGCAGGCACGACCUUCUGGGCAGACGUUGCUCAGGCCCUCUCGUUCUGCCUCAUUUGGACCGCCCCGAGAGACCUCCUUGGGCCACCAGCUCGACCAGCACCUCCCAGUCCUCUCGCUCGUCCUCUCCAGGUCCUCAGAACCUGCUCUCGGCGCUCUCCAGCAGGUUCUCCGCGGGUUCUGACCUGUACGAACUCCUCAACACCACGCCAGGAGAACCGCUGUCGCCACGCUGUUCGCCUCUGCCUUGUCAGUUACUUAUACCAGAGUGAAGGAGAAUAUGUUUUUCUUUUGUUUUUGUUCUUCCUGUUCUUUCGACGUAGGAGGAGGCCUCGUGCCCUUAUGCUGCUCUCCUCAGCCGAUUCCUAAUACCUGAGUCAUGGAUCUGUUUUCUUUUUCUUUCAUUUCUUCUUCUUCUCCUUUUCCGUCUUCUUCAUGUUCGUUUUCUUCUUAUUAUUUUCUUAUCAUCAUCGCCAUUUCCCUCUUUCCCUUCUCUUUCUUCUUUUGUACUCCCUACAUACCUCCUCCUCCUUUACCAACAACUCUAUAGCGAAGGAUCUGCUGUUGUUUUUUCCCCGUUCUUUCAAAAGCUAGAAAGAGCGUGUGGAAAUGUUUUAAGAUUACUGAAGGAAAAAAAUAAAUGAAUAAAAGACAAAAAAACAAAAACAGAAGAUAUACAAGUGUUCAAAGACCGUUUAUAUACCAAUUAACCCACCGCUUGUGAAUUUGUUGAGACGAAAAAUGUUACCUAUUGGUUCAGAUAAUUAAGGUUAAGCUAGAUUGUUAGCUUAUAAGAAUGGCCAGCGUUGUAAAUACUUAUUUUUUUUUACCUGUGAUGUAAAUAGUUUUAUGUAUUGUUCAUCGUGUAUUUUCACAUAUCAUUGUUUUUUUCAUGUCAUAUUUAAUUCAUUUUUGUAAAUACAUACAUUUUAAUAUAAGUAAAAAAAAACAA